CGUAAAUUUGAAUGAACAAAUCAUAUCAUAAAAAUAAUAAGACUUAAAUAACGUAAAUGUACACAACCAGGUGUAUAAUUUGGAGACAAUGAGCAACAAAGUCAUGUUUCACAAUAUGUCAACUUUUCUGGUCAGUUAAUUAUCGUUUGCUUGCGUUUUUGCUCCUGGGGUGCGUUAUAUACAGUAUUAAUACAAUUUCACACACAUAAAUACCCAUAUGUACCCCCAAAGUACCGACACAGACAAGUGAUGCAUCAUGGCGACUGUCAAGAAAAGGAAGGUGGACGCAGAAUGCCGCGUAUUUCAGGAAAAAUGGACAAAUGACUUUUUCUUUGUUGAAGUGAAAGGCAAGCCAGUGUGCCUAGUUUGUGGCGGGGCGCUUGCGGUGAUGAAAAAGGCCAAUGUCGAGCGCCAUUACAGCUCGAAACAUGCUAAACUCGACGAGUUGAAAGGACAAAUGCGUUUGGAUAAAAUGAACGCUCUUCGUCGGAGUUUGGGUGCUCAACAAGCAGCUUUCACACGGCCACAGACUGACAGAGAGAAUAUUACGCGUGCAAGUUUUGUGAUUUUGCGGACGCAGUUAAUCGGGACCAGAGCGGCUCAGCUGAACCGUCUGCAGCGUGUUUGUCGGGCUCAGAGACCGCUGUGCACCAAAAGUGACGAGGUGAGGUUGGCAGAGGAGGCCAGCAAGAAGUAUGGCUCCCCAGCUCCAACCAUCUUCUCCAAAGUGAUCGAUAAAAGCAUCCCUGCAGAUAUCAUUUAUGAAGAUGAGAAGUGUUUGGCAUUCAGGGAUGUCAGCCCACAGGCCCCUGUUCACUUCCUGGUUAUUCCGAGGGUCCCUAUUCCCAGAAUAAGCGAGGCCAAAGAUGAUGAUGCUGAGCUCUUGGGACAUUUGUUGGUUGUUGCCAAAAAUGUGGCAAAGCAAGAAUCUCUAGACGAAGGAUACAGAGUGGUGAUCAACGAUGGAAAGCACGGCGCUCAGUCAGUUUACCACCUUCACGUCCACGUCCUGGGAGGAAGACAGAUGUCGUGGCCACCAGGAUAAAUGUUUCAUGUGUUCACUAUUCAGGCUUCUUUCAUAUGUUUAAUCCCAUCACCACAUCCUCAUCCUGUCAUUCUGUACAAUGAUGCACUUCACCAUGCAAACACAUAACAUGUAAAUAUUGAUUUUGACAAAUAUAAAGAUUAAAUGUAAAAAUGUAGACAUCAUGUUUGAAUCGUGUGCAAAUAAAGACAGUGUUUCUAAUAUGGA